AUGGGUGCCUCCACACCUCGCCACCAUUCCAGCUCCUGGCGGCAGAAGCUUCCACGCCUCACCAAGAAGAUCCUCACAUUGUCGCUCUACGCCCUCGUCCCUCUCGCCGUCCUCCACUACCUCCUCUCCCCUCCUCCCGUCGCCGUCCCCUCCUCCACAUCCACCUCGCCGCCCCACGAUGGGAAUAAGCAGCAGGGUGCUGCAGGGGCGGCCUCAAGAAAGCAGGGGUCAACGGCACCGGCGCCGCGGUGCGACUACGCGGAGGGGCAAUGGGUGCGGGACGCGGCGGGGCCGCGGUACAACGGGACGAGCUGCGGCGCGACGAUCAAAGACGGGCAGAACUGCAUGGCGAACGGGCGACCGGACACGGGGUACCUGAACUGGCGGUGGCAGCCGCGCGGGUGCGCGCUCCCGCCGUUCGCGCCCGCGGAGUUCCUGGAGCAGGUGCGCGGCCGGCACGUCGCGUUCGUCGGGGACUCGCUCGCGCGGAACCAGUGCGAGUCGCUGGUGUGCCUCCUCGGCUCGGAGUUCCCCGCAGAGCUGGUCCUCGACGGCGGCGAGGAGCGCAAGUUCCGGCGGUGGGCGUUCAGGUCCCACAACGCGACGGUGUCGGUGUUCUGGUCGCCGUUCCUGGUGAACGGCACGGAGAAGUCGUCGGCGCCGGGCGGGCCCGACCACAACAAGCUGUACCUCGACCAGCCGGACGAGCGGUGGGUGGCGGAGCUCCCGGGCAUCGACGUGGUGGUGCUCUCCAUCGGGCACUGGUUCAUGCACCCAGCCAUGUACUACGAGCACGGCGCGGUGAUCGGGUGCCACCACUGCCCGGAGCCGAACCGCACGAACACGGGCUUCUUCGGCGUGUUUCGCCUCGCCGUCAAGAACGCGCUCCGCGAGGUCAUCGCCCGGGCAAGGGCCAGUCCCGGGAGGGAGAAGCUGGCGAUGGUUGCGACGUUCUCGCCGGCGCACUUCGACGGGGAGUGGGACAGCCCGGACGCGUGCGCGCGCACGGAGCCGUACGCGCCGGGGGAGAAGGAGAUGCUGUACAUGGACAGAGAGAUGUGGCGGACGGAGGCGGAGGAGGCCGCGACGGCGGCCGCGGAGGCCACGGUGCGCGGGUCGGCAGUGACGGUGGAGGCGCUCGAGGUGACGAGGCUGGCGGACAUGCGCGCCGACGGGCACCCGGGCGCGUACAUGAACGCGUCCCUGUUAGCCGGCGCCGGCGGUGAGAAGAAGAGGGAGCGGGUGCCGAACGACUGCGUGCACUGGUGCCUCCCGGGCCCCAUCGACACGUGGAACGAGAUCCUGCUGCAGAUGGUCAGGCGAUGGAGCGACGCCUCCUCGUCGGCCAGAGGAUACCACUGA